UAAUCAACGCCCUAGCCACCACACCUAUUAAAAAUGUUAUUCGGUGUAUUAGAUCUCUUUGUCUCGUACAGUAUUUGCUGAUGUGGCAUACGUAGUCCACGUCAGCUAACUCUACUAGAUAUUUUUCGUAUCCUUUUACUAGCUUCGUAACCGUUGGAUCACGAUCGGUUGUCCGCGCUACUCUAAUCUCAGCCGUUGAAACAUUCAACAGAGCAUAAAUUUGUUUCCCUCUUUUUAUCUUUCCCCCUUCCAACUAUCUCUUUCUUAUUCUUUCUGGAACUUCAAUCUGAUUUGGUUUGACUGUGAGAUGCGAGAAAUGAGCGACGAAGUUGUUGAGGUGACGGUGGUGGAGAAAGCAGCUGAGGCUGCCGGAGGGAAGUCAGCUCGGCGGAGAGUGCGGAGGAAAGACGCCGCAGAGGGCAGCGAUGGUUUGGUGAAGUGGGAGAGGUUUCUCCCGAAAAUGGCGCUAAGGGUUUUGCUCGUAGAAGCAGACGAUUCCACCAGACAGAUUAUUUCUGGUCUCCUCAGGAAAUGCAGUUACAGAGUUGCUGCUGUACCUGAUGGCUUGAAAGCUUGGGAGGUGCUAAAAGGAAACCCCGAGAGCGUCGAUCUGAUACUCACAGAGGUUGAUCUUCCUUCAAUAUCUGGAUACGCUCUUCUUACACUUAUCAUGGAGCAUGACAUCUGCAAGAACAUCCCUAUCAUAAUGAUGUCGACACAUGACUCAGUGAAUACUGUGUACAAGUGCAUGUUGAAAGGUGCUGCUGACUAUCUUGUUAAGCCGUUGAGGAGGAAUGAGCUGAGAAACCUCUGGCAACAUGUUUGGAGAAGACGACAAAGUACACUUGCUCCUGGUAGCUUUCAACUUGAUGAGAAUCUCGGCCACCAAAAGCCUGAGGGUGCUCAGAGCUCAUUUACAAGACCAGAGAUGGAAGGAGAGAACGCAGACGUGGAGAAAGACUCAUCUAAAGAAGCCAUUGACUUCAUUGGAGCUUCGUUUACAAGAAACGGACAACGCAACAGAGAAGAAAGUGUUUCCAAAUACGAAUCUCGGAUAGGGCUUGAUCUCUCCCUGAGAAGACCCUCUCUUCAUCCUUCUAGUGGCUCUGCCUUCACAAGGUACGUUCACAAGCCGCUGCAGACACAGUGCUCCGUCUCUCCCUUGGUUUCCGACGAGAGAAAGAAUGUUGCGGCAAGUGAAGAUGAUAACAUUGUGGUAACCAAUCAAUACAAAUCAUCUGAACCGCCUCCAAGUGCUCCGAGAAGAAACGAGGCCAGCUUUUACUAUAGUGCUGACUCACCUGGUCCACCUUCUUGGCCAGGACAAGGUUCUUACCCAACCACAGUUCCCAUCAAGAGUAUACAGUUCGCAGGUCCUAACACAGCUCCUGCUUCAAGCCCUAGUUCAGUUACCCCGCAUGAGUACAGUUCCAUGUUUCACCCAUUCAACGGUAAUAAACCCGAGGGUUUGCAAGAGCAGGAUGUAGAGGAGAGAAGACACGUCUCUUCUGCAACCGAACAUAGCACAAUAGGGAACCACUGCACUACCAGCUACAUUGAUUAUCAUCAUCAGGAUCAGCAGCUUGUGGAGAAGAAGAAUGAAGAAGGGUACUCGUCCUCUGUAGGGAAGACUCAGCAAUCUCUUAGGGAAGCUGCUUUAAACAAGUUUCGGAUGAAGCGCAAGGACAGGUGUUUUGAUAAAAAGGUUCGUUAUGAGAGCAGGAAGAAACUGGCAGAGCAACGGCCGAGAAUUAAAGGGCAGUUCGUUCGUCAAGUCCAGUCCACUGAGACAUCAACACAAGCAGCUCCACAAUGAUCCAGCAACUUGAUAGAUAUUUAUUAGUAUAUAUCAACAUAACAAGUUCAAUUUUGUACCAACUAGGGGACUUUUAUUUUCUCCCAUUCAGGAGCUGCUCUUGUGCUAACUCUCCACCAACGUAGUUGGUGAGACUUUUGUGUAUACAUUGUGGCAUUCAGCUUUGGAGCUUAGUUGUGGAGUUUAGUUAGUAAUCUA